AUGGCGAAUCGUCAGAUUACCCGACGUAUACUGAUAGGCGCCGCCAUUGCGACAGUCCUCCUUGUCUUCUUCCAUAUUCGGCCUCAGGCUCCUUCGAGUCGCAUUGUCCGCGCUCCGAGUCAUUUACAGACUCCAACUGAUGUUACGCAAGGAGAGGUCAUUAUGCCACGACUAGGAAAUGAUACCGCAAAAGCAGAACUGGGUCGUGCGACUUGGAAGUACUUCCAUACCAUGCUGGCGCGGUAUCCAGAAAAACCGACGAAAGAACAGCAGGAAACUUUGCGUACAUACAUCUACCUAUUUGCCCAACUAUACCCAUGUGGCGAAUGCGCAACGCACUUCCAAGGACACCUAGCCAAAUAUCCACCGCAAGUCUCGUCUAGGAAUGCAGCUGCUGGCUGGGGUUGUUUUAUGCAUAACGAGGUAAAUGCAAUGCUCGAGAAGCCCGAGUUUGACUGCAAUAAGAUCGGCGAUUUUUACGACUGUGGCUGCGCAGAUGACGGGACACCAGGCAAUGGGAAGGAUGGCCUCCGGAGUGGGAAUCAAGACACCUCUCGAGAAAUUGCUGAUGUCAAUGAUGUUGUUCUGCCUGUCUAG